AUGCUGCAGUUGACUUUGGUGGGGGAGACGGAGGGCGCCUUUCGUGGCUCGCUUGGAGCCUUCGCCGACGCACUGGCUCGCGAUGCCGAGGCGUUGGUGAGCGGCUGCGGGGAACUCGUCAAGAUGGAGGCGGAGGCGAGUGCAGUUACGCAGCGACAAGAACCCUCCGAGCCGACAGCCGUCCCCGCAGCAGAAGAGUCAGCCUCGGCGUGGGAUAAAAUUUCCACCCCCAGCCCACCCCUCUACUUUGCGGCAGUGUCGAAACUAAACAGUCUUCUGCAUUCAAUGAAGCUUCACGCGACGGCUGGCGAUGGGGAGGAGCGGGCGACGGCUGAGCGAGUGCUUCUUCUCCUGCGGGUUAUUUGCCUCUAUUGCUUCGCCACUGCGCGGCCGGCGACGGGGGGCCAUGGCGAAGCCCCUUCGCAAGGGAGCAGCGGCCGCACGACGCCGAUGACGCGCCUCGCACGCCGUCCAGGCGCCGCGGGCAACCGCCCCGUCCCAGAGAGCGAGACUCCAGGAGUGGAAACGCGCAUGGCGGAGGAGACGUUUCGCGUUGCGGUAGACGCCGUGGUGCGGCUCUCCGUGUGCGGAGCAGCGCGAGUUGUUACGCGUGGCACCGUCUCCGUAGAUAGCACUGCCAAGCCUGUCGAGCUUUGUGCGGAAGUGAAUCUGGCGGCGUUGUGUCUCUUGACGGCGGCACUCGUGCGGUUUCGCAAUGCGGAGUUUAACGCCACGCGUUACCUGCCGGCGCUAUUUCCAGAGAUCGAUGCGAGGGACCCGAGUACCAUUCACCCUCUCCUUACCCCGCUGCUCUGGGGCCCUGAGGAGCGUCUCCGCGCCGCUGCCGCCGCUCUUGUCGCUGCGCUGCUACGCAAGUUACAGCCCAACUUUAAAUACGCAGAGGAGCCACAGCGGAAGCGGCAGUCAUUCUCGUCGCUGGCCUCUCAGGGUGGUCGGACGCUCGCAUCUCUGCACGACGUACUUCUCUAUUCCCUACAGCUGUCGAGUGGGCCCCCCGCGCUGCGGAAGACCUCUGCUGCGGCAGCCGCCGCCUCGCACUUCUCCACGGGUCUCGUGUUUUCCACCUUUGCGGUGCUUGUGGCAACGACCCCGUACCGCCGCUGUCCGCACUCCUUUGAGGUGGUACAGCAGACUCUCGAACUGCCACUGCUGCGGGAUGCUCUUUUAGAUGCCUCCUGCGAGGAAUUUGCGUCGGCGACGACGUUUCUCAGCUCCGUCUUCAAGGCGGACUCCCUCGCCAGCGUGGUGCGGGCGUACCUUGCCGCUGAGGGGGGUGACGUCGGCGCCACAAGCACGGGGCCCAGGCAUCCUCCGCCGGACCGGCGCGCCGGCAGAGGGGCACUGCUGCUUGAGGUGCUGCUAACGCAUGCGGCGCGUCGUGUGGGGGUUUGGCGGUGCGUGGUGCAACUCUCCCGUAUGCAUCCAUGGAUUGUGGGGACGCACUUCGCAAUUCUGAUGGAUGCGGCCCGCGCCGUCCUCCGUGCCGCGCCAAAAAAUAUGGAGGAAGCCGCAGCAGCAGAAAAGACCGGCAACGUCGCUGUGGGCAAUACGUUGGGGGAAUGUCUGCGGGCCUGGUUGCAUUUCAUGGGGUAUGUAUGGCAUUCCUUCGACGGCCACUCCGCGGAUCCGGCACUUGGGCAGGAUUACGAGGCCCAUCGUGCAACACCGCAGCAGAAGGAGCGGAUCCUGACAGAACUCGUCCUGCCCGUACUUCGGAUGACGCCUAGCGGGCCUCGAUACACCGAGGCUUGGCGAACGGCGCUGCGAUGCGUGGCGCAGUUGGGUAACGAAUUUUUCUCCGCCAUGCCCGCAACCCUGCGUGAGGGGAUUGUUGCCCAGGUAAUCAGUAGCACAACCGCACACGAGGGUAGUGUGCGGUCUGAGGCAUUCACGACAAUUGGUGUAUGGGCGUGGCAGUACAGUACGUUUGAGAACUGGCUUACUGGCUUUGUCGAGCGUGCCGCAAGUGCAAUGUGCGGCGAUGCAGAGCCCGAGGUGCGUUCCAAGGCGGCCUUUGCCAUCUCCAACAUCACCUCCCGUCUGGGGGAGGAGACUGACCUCAGCCCGCUGCGGCAGUCGCCGUACCACAUGCAGCUGCUCUGCGACGUCGCCAUGUACGCCACGCAGGCGCGCGAGGACGCCGCAGUUGUCGGCCAUGGCAUCCGUAUGAUGAGCCACCUGUUGCACAGCCUCAGCUUUGAGGAACUCAUCGCCGAGCUGUCGGAGGAGCAGGAGUGUGUGGCGGAGGGUUACCUUAACGCCCUACUCCGGUUUUUGCUGCCGUCGAACCGUGAUGCGAAGCUGCGUUGGAACGCCGCGUGCGCCCUUGGGCUUGGUCUUUCGCGGGAGGUGGUGUUUGAGGCGGAGCCACCGGCGGCGACGCGGGCCGUGGAGCGGCUGUGCGUCAUUGUCUGCCACGAUCGCAUCUUCAAGGUGCGCACGCAGGCGGCAGUGGCGCUUGCGAAGGUGCCGAUGACGUGCCUUUCGUCAGGGCGCUACACCGUGGAGGACCUCGCCCCAAAGGUGACGCGGGCCCUUUGCGAGGCCCUGCAGGCGUCCGGUGGCUCCACCGAGAACUUUGCGCAGUACAAGGAGCAGGACGCGCUCUGUGCGGCGCUGCGGCAGGCGCUGGGGGUGAUGAUCACCAGCGCCUCCCCGAGUGCCAUGCUGCAGCGCGUCUUUGGCGAGUACCGCGUGAUGUUGGAGGCGGAAGGACUCCUGUAG